AUGGCCUUGGGAGGAGGUGGCAGGGCUGGCCGGAAGCUGGGCAGUGGUCCAGAGGGCCUGCAGCGGUUGGAGUCAGCUGACCUCAGCUGCCUCCUCUGCAGGAGCGUGACCUGGGGGCUGCAGGAGCGGGACGGUGGGGGUCCGGGUCCUGCGAUCCAGGAGCGGGAUGGUGAGGCGAGCUGCUCGGAGUCGGGUGGUGUGGGCAUCCAUCCAGCCGUGCAGGAGGAGAGGCAGCGGGGCAAGGACCGGAAUGAGAACGAGGUGGAGUCCACCAGCAGUGCCAACGAGGACAUGCCGGUGGAGAAGAUUCUGGAGGCGGAGCUGGCCGUCGAGCCCAAGACCGAGACGUACGUGGACGCGAACAUGGGGCUGAACCCCAACUCGCCCAACGACCCCGUCACCAACAUCUGCCAGGCGGCGGACAAGCAGCUCUUUACCCUGGUCGAGUGGGCCAAGCGGAUCCCGCACUUCUCAGAGCUGCCCCUGGACGACCAGGUCAUCCUGCUGAGGGCAGGCUGGAACGAGCUGCUCAUCGCCUCCUUCUCCCACCGGUCCAUCGCCGUGAAGGACGGGAUCCUCCUGGCCACCGGGCUGCACGUCCACCGGAACAGCGCCCACAGCGCCGGGGUGGGCGCUAUCUUUGACAGGAAGCGUGGGAACCUCACCGUCACCCUGGCAACAGCUGCCGCUGCAAUGACACAGCAAUUUUGGUUCCGCUGCAUCCACCCCAGCUCUCCCGGCAGCGCUAGGGCCCAGGGGUGCUUCCUGCUGCGCCCACGGGCUGGCCUGUCUCCACUGGCGCCAGGACCCCCGCCCGGCGGCCCCCGGCCCCCCACUUCUGCAAACCCCUGA